CCGGUGAUCGGAGAGAAGUCAACGCCGAUUUGAGGAAUCGGUCUGGCGAAGAAGGAAGAGAAACGGUGGUAGCAAUGAGAAAAGCAAAUGAUCAACUACGUGUAGUUUUCCCUCAAAAGAUGGCAGGCGGUGUAAAGAAAAGGUUGAGGCUGGAGAGCUUGACAGUGACAGUGUGGGGUCCAGCUGCGGUAACGGAAUUCAAUAGGCCGCGUAUCUUCAACAUUACUACUGACAUGCUCCCUCUCCCUCCGAUCACACAGACUCACAGAGAGCUUUUCCCUUCUUAUUCUCAUGGCGGGUUCAUAAAUAUAUACAGACAGCUUUACACAUUAAAAAAUACGAAAACUAAAUAUUUUCUCUGAUUCAGCGUUUUCUCCAGACUCCAUAGACGCAACGAGUUGAUUCUCUCUUCUUUUUUCGUUUUUCCUCUUUCUGGGUUGGAGUUUUUCUUAAGUAGAACAAUGUUUUACUCUCACCAGCUUCUAGCUCGAAAAACUCCGUUAGGUCAGAUAUGGAUGGCUGCUACGUUGCACGCGAAGAUCAAUCGGAAGAAACUAGAUAAGCUCGAUAUCAUUCAAAUCUGCGAAGAGAUUCUUAAUCCGUCGGUUCCAAUGGCUCUCAGACUCUCUGGGAUUUUGAUGGGUGGUGUUGUGAUCGUUUACGAGAGGAAAGUGAAGCUCCUAUUCGAUGACGUAACUCGCCUUCUGGUAGAAAUUAAUGGAGCGUGGCGCACAAAAGCAGCUCCGGAUCCCACUUUACUACCUAAAGGAAAAACCCAUGCCAGGAAAGAGGCUGUUACGCUGUCUGAGAACGAGGAAGCGGAUUUUGGAGAUUUUGAACAGACUCGUAAUCUUCCAAAAUUUCCCAAUUUCAUGGAUUUUCAGCAGACUUAUAUUUCCAUGCGUUUAGAUGAACCCAUUGUUAACGAUAACCACGAGCAAGAAGAUCUUGGACAGCAACUCCAUCAAGCUGAUGCCGACAAUAUUACACUCUUUGAGUAUCAUGGUUCAUACCAGACUAACACUGAGACGUACGAUCGUUUUGAAAGAUUUGACAUCGAAGGAGAUGAUGAAACUCAGAUGAACUUCAGUCAAAGAGAAGGCACUGAAAUACCUCCAACUCUCAUCCCAUCACCACCUCGUCAUGACAUUCCUGAAGGAGGCAACCCCACAAGCCCUCAGCGCCAGGAGCAACAAGAGCACGGUAGGGAUGUAUCUGCUGAGCAGAUGGAGGAACAAAACAUACCAAAUAGAGAGGAAGACGAUAGACCACGGCCAGCAAAAAAGAGAGCAAGAAAGGCAGCUACUUUAGAGAUGGAUUAUGAGCAGACUAUUCUCGGUGGUCCUCAAUACCAGUCAUGGCUCCAGGAUGCUUCUAACAUUCUCUUGGGGGGCAAAAAGAGAAAGGCUCGAGGAACCAUCACCCUAAGUAUGGAGAUUUCUAAACGUAUGAAUAUGCCACCUACAAUGCUCUUUGAAGAGCAUAUGGGCAGUUCUUACCCACCUCAGCUUUACGAGCUUUGGUCAAAAAGCACUCAACCUCUUCAAACCUCAUCAUCUGAUGCAGAAACUCGACGCCCUGAUUUCUGCGCAGAACAAUCUCCAGGGUUUGUCCAGGAGAGAAUGCAAAGCCACUAUCAGACAGACUAUCAUCAGGGCAGUGAGACAAGCUCCCAAAAUCUUGGUAGUCCCGCAGAAAGACUUCGGAACACUCUUGCUGGGAAAGAUGCUUCAAUAGAACGCUUGAUGGAUGGAUCUCGAGCAAGGCCUGAAAAUAAUACCCGCCAGGCUUCUGAUAUUAGCGUGACGCCAUUCUAUUCUGGAGAUGACGUGAGAUCCAUGCCUAGUACACCAUCCGCACGUGGAGCAGCUUCGAUUAACAUAGAGAUUAACUCUAACAGUCGCAGGUCCAAUAGGAAAAGGGCGCAUUCCUCACCAAGAAGAGGACUGGAACCAGUAGCGGAAGACAGACCGUGGGAGCACCGUGAGUAUGAUGACUUUCAGUUUACAAUGGCACCUGAAAAGGGUUUCACAGCAGACAACGAAAUACUAGUUGAAACUGGACCUACACAGACUCAAAGGCCAGUGACUACUCACUCAGAAGAGAAGAUAACAGACAGCAUCAAAAGUCAGCUCAAGACACACUUUGAAACACCUGGAGCUGCUCAAGUGGAAUCUCUUAACAAGCUCGCUUUUGGAAUGCACAGAAACGCUGCAGCUCAACUCUUCUACCAGUCCUGUGUGUUAGCGACUCGUGGAAUGAUAAAGGUGGACCAAACACAGCCUUAUGGGGACAUCCUCAUUGCAAGAGGACCCAAUAUGUAAGGUUCGAGCUCUAAAUUAGAAAAGGUUGUUCCUGAGUUGUUUUUUUUGCUAAUCAUAUUUAAGGAGAAAGAGAGAGAGAUAGCCCAUAGAUUUUUAAAAUCAUAACGACUAGACUAGCGUUUCUGAGCAAUCAUGGUUUCACUAAAUUCCUUUGUUUGGUUUGGUCCUUUGGUUAUUACUUAUCACUACUUCAGACGGCAGCUUCGUCCGAUACACAUGUAAUUAUACUCUACGAUUUU